GCGGCCCCCGUCGCCGGGCGGUUGGCGGUUACCAGGGGCGGUAGCCGAGGGAAUCCGCACAACCCUGCAGGCAGGCAGGCCGAUGGGUAACGGUGUGGCGGCCGAGCGGCGGCUCCGUAACCCGGGAAGCUUCGAGCGGCUGCACCGGCGCAGCAAAGAUGUUUUCCCUCAACAGCUGGAAGGUGUCAAACUCAUCAUCAACAAACAUCUCAGCAGCCACUUUCAGGCGACACAUACAAUCCACCUGAGUUCGAUGUCACCCCAUUACCAUUUCAAGACGAUGUAUUCAGGCGACCAAGCAGGUGACUCUGAUGAGACCUUGCCUCAGCUGCUGGGAGAAGUGGACAGUGCUGGCAGUUUGAACGCUCAGUUCGUGACACUUUUGGCCAACCGGAUCCGAGCCAAAGCUGCCUUUCAGACACAACAGGAUCGAUUCCAAACCUGGCAGUUUGACACGGAGUAUCGUGGCGACACCUGCACGGCCACCUUUACUCUCGGCAACCCUGACAUCAUCAACGAAUCAGUGAUUCUCGUUGCACACUUUCUCCAGAGCGUUUCCCGCAACCUGGUCCUGGGCGGGGAAAUGGUUUAUCAUCGGAGGCCGUCAGAGGAAGGAGCUAUCUUCACUUUGGCUGCCAAAUACACAACUUCUCAGUGGAUCGGUACUUUGAACAUCGGACGAGGUGGGGCUCACGCCAGUUACUACCACCGGGCCAAUGAUCAGGUGCAGGUGGGAGUGGGAUUCGAGGCCAGCACCCAAACCCAAGACACGACGUUCUCAUUCGGAUACCAGCUGGACAUCCCAAGGGCAAACAUGUUGUUCAGAGGAUCUGUAGACAGUAACUGGGUGGUAGGAGGAGUCCUGGAGAAGAAACUUGCCCCUUUGCCUCUGACCUUGGCCCUCGGCGCUUUCAUCGACCACCUGAAGAAUAAAUUGCAAUACGGCUUCACGGUGACGGUCAGUGACAGUAAUGCCGGUCCGCAUACAGAGGAUCUGCCUGGCACCAGGACCGACAAGCCAAAGUGCCCAGGAAAGGCAGAGGAAGAGAUCGACAUUGACCUGUGUGCGCCGGAGACGGAGAAGGCAGCCUUGGCCAUCCAGGGUCAGUUCCGCAAGUUCCAGAGGAAGAAAAAGCCGGGGCCGACUUCCUAGGCCAGUUGUCAGGGGCAGCCCUGGCCGGGGAGACAAGAAUACCUUCCUCUGUCAGCAUUUCUAAACCCUGAAAUAAAAGCAUGAAUGUGCUUCCCUCAACCUUU